AUUUGAUUCUUCUUCCUCCGUAGAGCGGAAGUGCGGAUUAGUGGGGCUGCUCUGACGUACGGUCUGUAUGGCGCCCUCCCCCUCAGAGGCUAUGUACACCUCACGUGACUACAGCUGUCUUCUCUGAGGCUUUUGUAGGGGAGCUGGGGCGAGGACUUACUGGAAGGGCUUUAUUUAUGCGUUUGGCUGGCAAGAGGCAAUAUUUGGCUAUCUACAACUGUACCGCUGCGUCUGCAAAUCUGUGCGUGUUUACUUGGGAAUAAGCCCCAUGAACCCAUAAUUUCGAGACGGUGCAUUCCUGGGCGCUGAUUGGUUCGUUUGGCGAUGAAAUGCUUGAUUACCUUUGAAACAGACUAGAAACUGGUGGCAGUUAGCGGCCGGCGGGCCAGGAGGGAGCGGCUUGCAGUAUCCAGGGGCCUUUUGCUGGGCGUCCUAAGUGCUCUGGAAGAAGACAAGGUUGUCUUAGCUAAUUGGUGAACUCCUAAUUUCACUUAAGAUCAGCCAGUGCCAAAAUACCAUCCUGUUAAUGUAUGUCUGCGCGUUCCUGCCAUUUCCACUCAACUUUCAACAAACAGCUUAAGCCUCUCCUGUGCCCCAGAUCAAGCUGAAGGAGCCUUCAGAGAUGCCUAUGAAAAAGAAAGGACAGCAAAGCUCUGAAGAAUCUGCUCUACCCAGUGACCAACCUGGGACAUCCAGGGACGCAACAGAGCAGGCGGACCAGAAUCUGCCCUCAGAGGAAAACAGCAGCGUCACUUUAGUUCCCCAGCCAAAGAAGGUAUCGUACAGUACAGAGCUGUUUAGCACCUGGAGUGACAUCCGCUGGUUCCAGAUCCCGUUGUCUUCUUUAAGGAGACCCAAAGCAGGUGUGUUCAGCUUUAGGUUCCAGUACAGCUUGCAAGAGUACCAGCAGCUGCGAAAGACUAAGAGGCUGAAGGUUGGCCGGCCUUUCUCUGUGUUGCCUUUCCCUAGCUUAUCCGUGACACUUCGCGAUUGCUGUCAGGAGACCUUGUACAAGAAGCAUGGCAGGCACUCAACAACUGGCAGAGUGAAAAGAUGCAAAAGCUCGUUGGCCCGCAGAGCAGCCGCAGUGCCUGCAAGACCACAACACCACCUGCAGCCUCACCACCAAUACUUGACAGUAUUGUCUACUACUGAUCCCUGUGACUGUGAGGACAGAAACAUUGCCACAGCACAGAACCCUGCAGUGGGUGCCAGUGGGGGGAACUGCACUAGUGUUCAUUGGGUGACCCCUAAACAGCCUUGUGUGGUCCUCUGCCGCAGCCAUCAACCGUACUGGAAUUGCUGCCUUUGGAAGAAGAUGUCUCACAUACCCCCAAGCUCACAACAUUGCCUGUGGUCUCCUGGUCACUUCAAGAGCUACUGCUCCUCAACUUUGCAAGCCACUGAUGUUGGUGGCAGUGAGAGCUGCCGAAGUGCAAAGGUACAGAUCCCUGGAGCGAAUGCAGAUCAAGUGAACAGUACCUUCACACAGAGGGUUGUACUAGGACCCUCCAGCAUGCAACCCCGUGUACUCCUCCACCGCAUCUGUCUGGCACAAGAUAGGUAUAAGACAUCUCAAGAACAGGAUGAACCCAGACCCACUGAUGACCAGUCACAGAUUGAGAAGCUCAUUCACAUGCAACCCCGUGUACUUCUCCAUCGCAUUUCUCUGGUGCAAAGUCAACGCAAAACAGCAGUUGAAGAUUGGGUUGAACCCCCAUGCUGUGAUAACCAGUCAUGCAGUGAGGAACUACCCCUCAUGCAACCACGUAUACUCCUCCACCGUAUCUGUCUCGAUCAGGGCAAGGCAACAUCUGAGAAUAGGGUUGUACCCAGACCCCGAGAUAACCAGUCAAGCGCUGAGGAACUAAACCCCAAGCAACCUCAUGUACUCCUUCAUCGUUUGUGUCUGGAUCAGUUCAAGGUGGCAACUAAGAACAGGGAUGAACCUAGAUUCCCUGAUCCCCAGUCAGAGGCUGAAAAACUAAUCCCUGUGCAGCCCCGUGUACUCCUCUGUCGCUCCUGUGUGGCACAAGGUAAGUGUAAGACAGCACCUCAGGACUGGACUGACCCCUUUGAUUGCCAUUCAGGGGCUGAGAAAUCCACCACCAUAUCUGAAGAGCCCUAAUUAUCAGCCCACAUUGGAGCAUACCAGGCAGAACCUGAUGGGGUUUGUCUAGCCAUGGAACAGCCAUUUCUGCAGUGAUCUCAUCAACCAACCAGCCACCUACAGCUCCUCCCCCAGCCCAUGCCAAGAAAGUAAUCCCAUCUGCACCCUACCAAUUUGAGUGAGAUGGAAAUAGGCUGAUAGUUGAGAGUGUUUCCUUGUGCAGUUGUGCAGGCCCUUAGCCAGCAGUUUAUUCAUGCCUUCCUGCCAAUGUUACUACUGCCAAAGGCAGAUGCAAGGAUGAGGAGCCCUCAUUUGCAAGGUCUAGUUAUAGGAAAAGUUAGCCCUCUGGCAAUGAUAAGAGGGGCUGCUUUCCAGAAACAAAGCAAAGUUCUGUUCCCAGGCAGGAACAGUGCUAUGGAAAAAGGGAUGAUUAGGUUAAAACCUGGGAGCUCCUAACUCCUGAUGAGAUUGGGGCUGGGUUAAUGAAAUUAUUGCUAGGGGCAUUCCAAAUCAGGGUGAGCCUGGACUGACAUAAUAUAGGAACUCUGGAAGGUAGGAUGGUUCUCUGAUAGUUAGACAGGAGAUUUAAGGUUAAAUUAGUGUUAGAAAGAAAGAGAAUCAGAUGAUCUGAUUGAGUCAGUGUGUAGAGCAUUUGCACGUCCUCUGUGGGAUCGAGGAUGGGUGUGCCUCCCCAAGGCUGUGCUGUUGUUAUCCAGGUCCUAUGUGACAUUGAGCUGUGGUACAAAGGCCCUACACAUCUAAUACUAGGGGUUCUUGUUGCAAGUGACAUAAGCUGUCUGCUCCCAUUCCAUGCCCAUUUUAGAUGUAUGUUCUACCUCCUCUGGUGUCUGCCAAGGUGUCAUUCAUUCACUGCAUUCCACUCCUUCUGUCUCUUUCUCUACCCCUCCCCCUGCCUGUUUUAGCUGACAAACAUGUUGCACUUUCUCUGCCUUGGUAAUUUACUUGCCUCCCAAUCUAAAUAGAUAGGCAGCCCCAUCCAAAAGGCCAGGUGCCCAGAUGUAGUGUCCGAGUCACUCUUCCGCGCUGUUUCCAGUGACAUGGGGAGGCAAAAAACACAAAAAAGCCUCCCUGCUGAUGAAAAGCUCCCAUUGGCCUUUAUGGGUCCAAACCCCCGGGCACCCUCAUGGCAUUCAAAAAAAAAAUUCAAUAAGCUUUAAACACAAGAAAAUGCACCACAGCACCUCCUGGUUGAGAACCAGCAACUGUAUCCAACAGUAAGAUAGUUGGGGGUGAUGAACUGAUGCUUUGGUGUCUGGCAGAAGUUAAAACAGCUCUGGAAAUAAAGAACCAGACUGUUCUUGUGUGUGCUCCUGAUCAGGUUGAAAGGCAGAGCUUAGCAGAUCAAAUGGAAUACAACUGUGAGAUACUGUGUCUGAGCCUGAUCAGGUCUUCUGUUUCCAUUGCAUCCGUGCUUUAAAAAAAUAAAUACAAAGAACUGAGAAUUUCAUUACAAGGAAUUGGGAGUUCAUGAUAGGCUGGAUUUUAAUGGCUGCUCCAACUGUACUCCUUCCCUACAAACAAAGAAGUUUUUGUUGGAGAUGUGGCAACCUGCUGAAAGUCUAGUUAAUUUAAAUACAACUGAAAGAGUUGUGUAGUCCACUUGUACUCUCAUCCUAUCUCUUGUUUUUCCCUCUUCGUUUGUUUCUGUGUGCUUCACUUGUACUCGAAAGGCUUCUGUGUUGUAUCAGUAGCCUGCAGUCAGUUAUUCUGUUUUGCAAAUUCUGUUGCAGUAAAAAUUAUUGAAAGCAAAUGCCAAACCUUGGGACUGUAUUAUUUCUCAACUCUGCCAACAGGUUAUGAGGCCAGACCCCUGGAUAAAUUAUAAGAAAGGCAUAACUGAGAAAAAUGACAAGUAGUGCAGAUAUUAAGUUUGCAUAUUAAGUUUGCAGUAGCUAAACUGAAUAUUAGCAGUUAUCUGUGUGGAAGUUUAAACUGGAAAUGUUACUGUGCGAAGAUGAUCUCUGGAAUGUUUUAGACACUGGCAGCGCAGCACAUGAUCCUGCUGAAUGGGACAAGAAAAAUAAGUUGUACUGUCAGCAGACAAGGCGUGGUCAGGUCCAGCCUUGUGGGGCCAAAUGGGCAGCAGGCAAAAACGUAGUCCAGUAACAGUCCAAUGGGUCAAGGUAGUCAGAUAAUAGUCCAGUGGAUCAAGGCAGGUGACAGGCAAAGCUUCGUCAGAUAACAGUCUUUAGGUGGGUUUUCCGGGCUGUGUGGCCGUGGUCUGGUUGAUGUUGUUCCUAACAUUUCACCUGCAUCUGUGGCUGGCAUCUUAAGAGGUGAAUCACAGACAGAAGUCUGUUACACACUGUGUCUGGAGCCUUGUCCAAGGGGUUGUGAUUCUGUAUGAAGUUAAUCCUCAUCAUAUGCAGACACUUCUAUCUUCCCAUAUCUUGCUGCUAUACGAGCACUCCUCCUUUGCUUCUAUAGCAUGUAGCUGUUGUGUACUAUUGCAGUUGCAUUGUGCAUUGUUCACAGUUUUGUGUAGCAUGUGCACAGCUGACUCAUUGCUGGGUUCCCUAAGAGGAUCUGCAGGCUCUUCCACCUGCAUGUCAUCAAGCAGGGAAGGGCUGGGAGUUGGCUCUGCUGCCUGGUCUUCCUCCGGAGCAACUAACUCUGCAUCAUGUUGUCAGGUUCUGCAUCAGAGUCCUCUGUAUCCUGGUAAGUAUCCAGGGGCUGGCUCAUGACACAAACAAAGGCAGCUAUAAGUCUCCUAGUGGAAGAUGAACAGCUGAUCCAAAUAAGAAAAGAAAAUGCAGCUAAAGGUAUGUGGAUGCACUCCAGAAAGUGCAUGAGCACUCAGACUUAACUGCAAGCUAGACCUGCUGCAUAAGCUGUAUAAAAUGAGACUUGGCAGAGAGCAGAAUAUGUGUAAACAUGUAAAUGCCUUACUAGAAAUUGGAACAGCUGUGUGGGAUUGGAGAAGAAAUGAAAGACAAUCACGUAGUGACACUACUACUGUGCUGUCUUCCAGAGUCGUGGUGCCCACUCAUCAGUGCCCUUGAGGCUAGACCAUAAGUAGAGUAUGUUAAGGACAAGUUCAUGGAUGAGUAUAAUCAUAUUAAAGAACUAUAUGCAGGCUCCUAAAAACGAGAGAUAACUCUCAAGGUAAACAAGACAGUGAAGCACAUGAAAGAAACCAGGAUGUGUUAAUUGCUGCAAAAAGGUUGGACAUCUUACAAAGAAUAGUUCAAUCCUGGAGAGCCAAACAGAGAAAGCAAGUCACAGAUUCACCCAUAGAAAAGGCCUAGGUAAGCUACAAGUGAAUCUGUAGAUGAAGAGUAAACUGGAUGUCUAAAGGCCCCACAAGGCAACACUUCAAAUGGAUGGCACAUUGAUUCAGGGGCUACAAGCCACAUGAUAAGGAGUUUUUCAUGGAGCUUGAUCUCAGCACAAAGGAGAAGAUCCUCCAAGCAGAGGGCAAAAGCAACAUCAUAGAAGGAAUCGAGUAUGGAUUCUUAAAAGAACCGCCAAGGGAAUACUAGUGAGAUACAGUGAUUGUUUUAAAGGGUACAGAAUUCUGUACCUGAUGACAGGCAAGGUUGCCAUAAGUAGUACAGUGUAUUUCGAUGAGACUAAAUCCAAUGUAAACCUCAAUAAUUGAGGAAAACUCAGUGAAAUGUGAGCAAGAGACAACAAUACUAGGCAAAGUAGAGUUGCAGUUCAGCACAAACUUGUCAGCCUUUCAAGAAGAAACCAGACCAAGUGAAGUUAAAACCUCAGAUGUUCAACCCAAGCAACAAAAGGUAUAUCAUCUUGCAGACUUUCCUACAUAGCCAAAACUGAGAAAAUUUCUGGGUCUUUGUCUUGGGAAGAUAUCUCCAAGUUGCCUGAAACUAGAAAAUGGAGAGAGGCAGCAGCAGAAGAGAUACAGUCACUUCACAAAAAUAAGAGUCAGACACUCACAAAUUUGUCACCUGGGCGUAAAACCGUAGGAUACUCUCAUGGUGGUUGUCAUUGCAGUCUUCCAGCAAAAUUAAAUGUAAUGGAAUAGUAAACAUGCUGGUAAGAAGGGAUGUUGACGAAAUAAUAUGUAAUUAUGUAGUUAUGUAAAUACUAUUGAAAGAAGUGUUUAGUCCACUUGAUCCGUAGGGCGAACUGUGGUGCCUUCUCUAAUGUUUAUAAUUUAUUGAAGGUUUUCUCUUGCAGUUCAGCCAACCUCUUGCUGUUUUUCUGACUCCACUGUGAUAUUGUGUGCUGGUGCUUGUACUCUGAAGGCCUCUGUGCUGUAUCAGUGGCCUGCAGUCAGCUAUUGCCUUUUCCGAGUCCUGUUGUAUAGUCUGUCUCAUAAAAAGAUGUUAGUAGGGUUGUAUAUUCUUCCACCACAGAACUCAGUAUGCCAGACCUUCUCUGUUGAAAAAUGCUGUGCCUGGGUCCUAGUGCCUAGAUAGCCCUGCCUCCCUCCCUAAAAAGUCUGUUUGAAAAUGUAAAAGUCAAGUGUUGAUAAUAGGCGUUUAAAGAACUAUAAAUGCUCUUGUAUCAAAGUACCACAUUCAGUAAUGCACAAAAUAAUGGUUUUGACAAAGGCCGCACAUAAAAUGAAUGAUAAUUCUAAUAUUCUUUUGGGACAAUGUUCUGAUGCAGAAACAUACAGUUUUCUUCUGCACCUCAGUUGACUGUACUAACAUCUUUUUCUGAGUCAGAGUAUAAUAAAAAUUAUUGAAAGCAAAAAUGUGGAAUUGGAUUAUUUCUCAAACUUUGUCAACAGUUUUGGUGGCACCACAAAAGCUGACCUAUUUAUUAUAGCGUAGAAUAUUGCUGAAUAAAUUAUUGCUUGUUAGGAUUUAAAAAUAGCUUUAAUUAUGUUAAACAAGAUUCCAACAGUUAUGGCUGUUGUAAAUCAUCUCUGUGCUUAUGUAGUACUUUUGCAUUUUGCAUAGAAAUGUCACAACCGUAUCACUUGCAUUUUAUUUUAACACCAAUGUUAACAGUUGUUUUCCAUGUACAUAACUAUAUCUGCUGAUUGACAGAUCACUUCAUGCAUCUGAUGAAAUAUGGUUUAACUAUGGAUGCUUAAGCUAUUAUAAAUCUGUUAAUAUUUAAA